AUGACCACUGCUGGUGGUUAUCGAUGCCAAUCGUGGUCUGCCCAACAACCAAUUCAUGAAAUUAGUACGGAUAUAACUGAUGCAAAUUUCCCAGAAAAGUCCAUGAAACUUGUUAAAAAUUAUUGUAGAAAUCCUACUCGAGAUCCAAGGGGUCCUUGGUGUUAUACAUUAGAACCUACAGUUAUCGAUGAUGAGUGCGAUAUUCCACUUUGUAAUUACAAAGUGCGUAAUAUAUCGAGUAUUGAUUUAUCCAAAUGCAAACUGUCCCAAUUAGGAACCGAGUAUAAAGGUUUUAUUAUGACCACUGCUGGUGGUUAUCGAUGCCAAUCGUGGUCUGCCCAACAACCAAUUCAUGAAGGUAUUUCAAAAAGAAAAUGUAAAUUUUGGAAUAGAAAAUACAAACUCGGUAACGCUAAAAGUAUUAAAUUCCAUAAUAAGCAUUUUCCGGAUGGAUCAAGGAUAAAGGCACGUAAUCUCUGUAGGAAUCCAGAUGAUGAUACCGGUGGUCCUUGGUGUUAUGUGGAAGAAAGGAAUUAUGAGCUGGUAGAAAAAGAAUAUUGCGAUAUUCCAUCUUGCGAUGACAAAGAUUGUUUAACAUAUUCACGAAAUUCAUCAACUUAUUCCAUGUUAACGGGAUUAAACAGCACUUAUGGAAACAUAUCCUUCUGGAUUAAGCUUUGGAAUCCUCUUGAUGAACAAAAUGCGGAAGCCAGGAUUUUAUUAAGUUUACUCCCAAUUCCGUCUUCUGCAAAAAAAAUCGUCCAAGAUUGGAAAGCUGGUGUGGAACUUUUGAUUUCAAAUACCGUUAGCGGUCAAACAUAUCCAGUUACUAAUAAUGAGCGUCUUUUUGAAAAUACACCCGAAAUAUUACUUAGUUCUAAGUGGACUGGUCUGUGGAUUGCAUGGGGUGGUGGUUUCAUAUCACUUGGGAUACAUGGUGUGAUGAAACCAUUAAUUAUGGACCAAUAUAAAAUGGCAAAUAGUAUUUCGGGUUUAUAUCCCGAUAAUUUUUUGCAUUAUGGCAUCAUGGGCACCGGUGUUUUAUGGAGCACGGCAUUUUGCCAAAAAUAUUGUGAAAGUCACACGACUUUUGGAGACGAGUUUUUGAGAAUUUGGCCAAUGCAGAAAAAUAAUGAUACACAGGAUGUUCAUUUUUAUCUUCGAGGUAGCUAUAAUGUAGAGAUACGGUUAUAUCAAAGCCCUGGGUCACUGUUUCCGUGUUUCACGGUAGAAAUUGGGGACAAUGUUACAUUCUUGCUGUAUCAAGAGAAUGAGAAGUCAAUGAAGCAACAUUUGAAAGAAGUUAUAAUUAAAGGAUUGAUAGAUUAUUGGACUUGGAAAGAAUUUACUAUCAGUAUCUUUGGGACGCAUUUGCAUUUAUUCUCGCAACGUAUAUAUGGAAAUGAGGAGAUUCUAAAUAUAAAUCAUGAUCUACUGAUUACUUUACGUUGGUUCAGCAUUGGAAGUCAAACGAUAGCACAUUGGACAUUUUUCUGCUCACCCGAUGGUAAAUUCGACAAUAUCUAUAUCAAAGUUUAUUUAUUGUAUGUAUCGGUAGACGCAGUAGAAAAUCCUCAACCUCCGAAUUGUAUUCAUAAUAACGCAGAUUAUCAAUAUCAAGGAACUCAAUGGAUAAGCUCAAGAGGACUUCCGUGUAUACCAUGGAUAGCAGAAGAGGUACCGCGCGAUGAGAAAAUAAUCGAUAAUUUUGUCGAUAAAUCUAUAGUAAAAGCUUUAAAUAAAUGUAGAAAUCCAAGUCAUGAUCCUAGUGGACCUUAUUGCUACGCGGUUUCAAACUCGCACGCUAUUGAUGUUAUAAAACGAGUUUGUCAUGUACGGAUUUGUAGAUCUUCAGAAUGUCGAAUGGCAGGAACUGCUAAUGAUUACAUAGGCACGCUAUCAAAGACUCGUUCAGGUCGAACUUGCACAAAGUGGUUGAGCGAUUACGAUCUCGAGAGAAUGCAAAUGCAAACACCGAACACGUCAUUGACAACGAGAAUUCCUUCUAAGACUCAGAGAUCAAUUAAUGUAAAAUCUCGUUGGAAACGUUAUUUUAAGCAAAAUGCUUCAAUGAAACGGUCGUCAUCAUUCACAAAACCAUUAUUCGAUUCAUCGCCAAAUCUGCCAUCGCAAUCAAGAUUUACUGCUGUCAAACCUAUCCAUAUGGUUGAUCGAGCAUAUUUAAAUGAUAGUAUUUAUCCGGAACGGAACGUACGAAAUGCCAGCAAUUAUUGUAGAAAUCCAUCUCGCAAUAUUGCUGGCACAUGGUGCUACACGACAGAUCCAUUGGUUCCACAAGACCUUUGUGAUAUAAGGGAUUGCGAGAAGCUAGAGGAGUGUACAUUUUUUGUAAAAGGACAUGGCAUUGGGCGUCGUUUAUACAUUUUGCCGGAAUAUCGUACAGAAGGCUUGCAUUUUUCAUUAAAAGCUUGGGAGCCUGAUCAACCAGAUUCCAUAACGUUCGUGUUUACUGCUGAUGAUGGAUUAAACUCCCGUUACAUCCUCAAGAUCGGAGCUUUAGAUAACGAAAAAGUACUUCUCUAUUACCAAUCGGAAGACAAAGAUAUAAUUUUGGUGAAGAAAAAAACAUUACCGCAUUUGUUAUACCUCGGUAAGUGGAGUAGUUUUAUUAUACGCAUACCUCGAGGACGUGUGCUCGUUUAUUACGAAGGAGCAGCGAAUCCGCUGUUCGAAUGGGAACAUUUCGAACCGGCGAAAGUUUUCUCACCUGUCUAUUAUUAUUAUAAUAGCGAGAAAGGGCACACGAUAGGCGUUGCUUUCGAUUGCACCUCAAGAUGUCAUAUAGAGAACACGCAAACCGAUCGCUACACUAGAAUAUUACCAUUAUCGACAUGGUCUAAGGAAGAGCUGGUCAGACCUAAUAAAUUGAUGCUGAUGAUACGUGCCAAAGGUGUCGUUUUGAUACCGCUACUUCUGUUGCCUGCAACGCCAGGAUUUUACGCACUCACUCUCGGCGAAAGGGAUCGGUGGAUAUAUUUUCUGAGAAACACAUAUCCCAGAAUUAGAGUUUAUCACAAACAGAAAGCACCCAAGCCUAUAUUUACCACGAAUUCCUGGACUAAUAUUACCAUAAAAUGGUCUGAUAGUAUAAUUCAAGUAUUCUGCAACGAGACAAAUGUGUUUCAUUAUGUACACCGUCAACCGCUCAUCUUUUAUUUUUUUUCGCUCGCUGUAGAUCCGGGAAGUUGGGCCACUUGGAGCGCGAAUUGUAUGCCAUCAGAUAUAGAUGGUCCUCCUUUAGACGGUGGAUGGUCGGAAUGGGGACCAUGGGUAUGCAGUGCUAGUUGCAAUGGUGGCAUAGGGACUAGAAAACGAUAUUGCAAUUCACCGGAACCUAACGUAAGAGGCGAGCCUUGUAUAGGGCCUAAUAGCAUGACGGGUCGUUGCAAUAUGAUUUCUUGUGGUGAUGUAACCGAUGAUACUGCGACUUUGAUAAAAAGAGAAAUUACGCAAAAUCAUACUGCUCUUACUGUGAAGGAAUAUGAAUCGGUAUCGCUUCCCUCGGAUUCUAAUAUCGUGAAUUCCAUCAGAACCGAAUCACCUGAUUCAGAAAUACAGUGGUCUCACAAUGGAAUUUUUGUUCAAGACGAACAGCACAGAUUAGAAAUUAAAAAUUACGAAAUCAUAAUAAGUAGAGCAAUAUUGAAUGAUUCGGGCGUAUAUACACUUACUGUGCAUCGAAUAGAUGGGACAUACAUGAUAUUUAAAGUCGUAACUUUGGCAGUGAUUCCAAUUAAGGAAAGCGUUACAAUUCGCGAAACUCUGCCCAUGCAUGUAAUGUGCCAUUGUGCUAUCCUUGGCUAUGUAUAUUCUGACCUGAAGAUCUAUUGGAUGAUUGAUAACAGAGUAUGGAAAGAUUAUAGUGUCACGUUGCCCGUAGCUGUAAAUGUCGAUCGUAUUCUGGCUGUAAAUAGAUCUCAUCACGGUACAUGGAAGUGUAUUGUGGAACAAAUUGAUCUAAAUUUCAAGUGGACGACAAAUGUGAUCCGUGUCAAAGUUCUCGGCCCUCCAAACUGGCGUACUCAUUUGAUGGAGGAUAAGUUAACACGACCGAUAUUUGGAUGGAUGCCGAGUGAGGAAUUCGUUGCUUACUCGGUGUUGGCCAUUAUUUUAUUCUUGGUAUGCUGCAUUAUUAUAGGUUCCAUUCUUUAUAUCAGGUUUCAAGAAAGUUGGAAAGUUAACGUGACUAUGGCAAAGAAGAAGAUGCGCACAGGGAAAUCUGCAACAGAAAAGAGAAAAUAUAUAUCUGAUGAUAUAUUUGUAAAAACGGAAAACGAAAAUACAACGUCUAAUUUUGUUAAAUCUAAAAAAUUGCGUGGAACAUAUAAUGAACAACAAUCUCGGGCAAAAAAACUAGAAAACGUAAAUCACGUCAAAAUGCCGAGACCUAAUCAAACAAAGUCUAAGAAAAUAAUUAAUAGAUUUCGUAAGUUGUUGAAGGAGAAAAAAUUAGCAUUCUUAUUAUAA